AUCUUUAUAUGUUGCUCUUUCAGCACAAACAUAGCAUUCGCUGAGAGAGUAGGGCCAUAGCAUUGGUGUCUGUAAGGAGACUUGUAAAUGUGUGAAGCAGAGACAUAUAAAUGUGUGGUGGAGGCAUGUGAAUGUGUUAAGGGCCAACAAAUUUUGUCCAGGACUUGCCCCGUGUCAUUGGAACCACCAAGGAGACAUCUUGUGAGCUGAGGCCCAUCAUGGACCGGAUAAAGACCGCGGUGGCCGGUGCUCGAGCUGCCUACAACCUGGGCAAAACCCGCCCGCUGGAAUUCCGCCUGCAGCAGCUGAGGGCCAUGGAGAAGAUGCUGACGGAGAGGAAGGAUCUAAUCUCGGAGGCGCUGCAGAAGGAUCUGCACAAGAAUGAUUUUGCGGUGCAAAUUUAUGAAAUUGCGGGAAUAGUGGGCGAGAUCACGUUGGCCCUGAACAAGCUGCACGAGUGGAUGGAGCCAGAGCACAUGUCGAAGAGCAUGAUGACCAUGAUGGACACUGUGUACAUUCACCGCCAGCCUCUUGGUGUGGUUCUUAUCAUUGGGGCCUGGAACUACCCAUUGGCCCUGGUGCUGCAGCCGUUAGUUGGGGCCAUCGCGGCAGGAAACGCGGCGGUGGUGAAGCCGUCGGAAGUGAGUGGGAACACGGCAGAGCUCCUGGCCCAGCUCCUCCCUCAGUACCUGGACAAGGACGCGUACCCAGUGAUCACUGGAGGAGCAGAAGUGGCAGCGGAGCUGUUGAAGCACCCCUUCGACCACAUCCUGUACACGGGCAGCACUGCUGUCGGCAGGAUCGUCAUGGAGGCUGCCGCCAAGCACCUGACGCCCGUCACCCUGGAGCUCGGCGGCAAGAGUCCAUGCUACGUGGACACCGACUGCGAUCUGGACGUUGCCUGCAGACGUAUAGCGUGGGGCCGAUACACCAACUGUGGCCAAACCUGCAUCGCCCCCGACUACAUCCUGUGCAAUAAAAGCAUCCAAGACCAAGUGGUGAAGAAGAUCAGCGCCACUAUUGCUGAAUUUUACGGAUCCGAUCCCCAGAAAUCCCCGGACUACGGGCGAAUUGUCAACCAGCGCCAUUUUAAGAGAAUUAUGUCUUUGCUGGAGGGAGCGAAUGUGGUGUAUGGUGGUAAAAACAACGAAGAGGAUCUCUACAUAGCUCCCACCAUUGUGACGGACGUGGAUCCCGACUCCAGGAUCAUGCAGGAGGAGAUCUUUGGGCCGGUGCUGCCCAUCGUCACGGUCAAUGGUGUGGACGAGGCCAUCGCCUUCAUCAGCCGGCGCGACAAGCCUCUGGCUCUGUACGUCUUCUCCCACAACAAGAAGCUGAUUCAGAAGAUGAUCAGUAUGACUUCCAGCGGUGGAGUAACAGCCAACGACUGCCUCAUCCAUUACUCUAUCACUGCACUCCCAUUCGGGGGCGUGGGUAAGAGUGGCUUUGGGGCUUACCACGGCAAACACAGCUUCGACACGUUCAGCCAUCGCCGAGCUUGUGUGUUGAAGUCGCUGGGCAUGGAAAAGGCGAACAGUAUCCGGUACGCGCCGUCCACUGACUCCAAGAUGAAGUGGCUUCUGUGGCUGCUGGCAAAACAGGGAGAGGGCAAGAAACUGCAGCUCAUUGGGUUUCUCAUCCUAGGAGCACUGGUUUCCAUUGUAAUGAAGUUUUACUUCACAUGGUAAUCGACCCAAUUGUCCUGACAACCGCACAGAAUCAGCGUCAGAUUUAUGGAAUCGGGAGUCACCAGGCUCGACGGAAAACUGGUCAAACAAGCCGCUUAACAUAACCUACCUUCACUAAGAAGCCACUUAACAAAAUAACCCUUGCGUAGAACAUCCUAUCAGACCGCCACAGAACGUAAUCACAUUCCAUUUAAAGAUUGAUUGAAGGAGCAAGCACCAGUCGAGGAUCGUGGAUCAAAUGGCCUGCCAGGCUGUAACGUCAGAUUUUCCAGCACAUUCUCCAUGUGACCUUUCUAAACUUUGAGCUCAAGACUAAUAAUCGUCUCUUUUAUGUCUGAGUCUGGCCGCACACCCAGUUUGCUGAGAUUUUAUAUUAAUUUCAUCUUUAAUUGUAACGCAAACAUUUGUUGGCUGGCUGGAAAUUUCUGUAGGAAAUUUAUUUUUUCCUUUGGAUUUUUACUGGGUUUUUUUGUUUUCUUUUUCAGCAAGUUUGACAUGAAAUAUUUCUAUCCAGCAUCAAAGGUAGCAGGAUGCCCAGACCCAAUCUUACUUCAGUUCAGGUUGAGCUUCUGCAAUCUUAUUCAAUGCUUUAUAAAAGAAUCUCUGCCUCUUUUUCUCUGCCUCUUUUUUUCUGCCUCUUUUUCACUGCCUCUUUUUCACUGCCUCUUUUUUUCUGCCUCUUUUUCACUGCCUCUUUUUCACUGCUUCUUUUUCACUGCCUCUUUUUCACUGCCUCUUUUUCUCUGCCUCUUUUUUUUCUGCCUCUUUUUCUCUGCCUCUCUCUCACUUUUUCUCCCGUUUUCUCUCUCACUUUCUUUCCCUCUUUCUCCCUCUCGCUUUACCUCUCCCUUUCUCCCUCUUGCUCUCUUCCUCCUUCUCUCUCGCUUUUUCAUCCCACUUUUUCUCUCGCUUUCCCUCCCCUUUCAUUCCUUCGCUCUUUCGUGCCCUCGCUCUCUUUUGAAUGUUCGGACUUUACGGUCCCAGCAGCCGUAAUAUAUUGUUAAGUAGUAUUGCGGAUUAAUCUGAUCAAAAGCCACAUUUACCUUUUGUUGAAAGCAUCUGGUCGCAGACUGCAGUGCCUGAGUGGAUCCCAGGCAGAUCCUCCCAUCAGGUUCCUGAAGCUGGUGGGUUCAAGUCCCACGCCAGGCCUUCCAGUACGAGACCCCAAUCCAAUUCACCAGAGCAGUGCUGAGGGGGUGGUGCGCUGUCAGAGGUGCCACCUUGAACAUAUGACCUUGAGCUAAGGCUAUCCUUAUGUUGAAGAUAAGCAUAAGCAUUUGUCUCGGUGACUCCGUCAGCAUUACUAGUUCAUUAUCCCAGGAGCUUCAAAUAGCUGUUGUAUCCUAAUACUGUAACUGUGAACACACUGCAAAAAAAACCCAUUGAAUU